AUGGCACGACUUGCAUGCUUACUAGCCUGGGUCGGUUUCCUUUCAGCUCAAAGCUUCGCCUGGAAGUUCGCAUCUUCGAAAGAGUUGGGGGAAUUGACCAACGAGAAAAAAACAGCCGUGGUGGCCUUUGUGUCGCCAGCAGACGAUAAAUUCAAAGCACUCGAAUUGGAAUGGAAUGUGGCUGCAACAGCCUCGCACUUGCCGUUCUUUAGCGUUGACUGUAGUGCAGAUGGCGAAGUCUGUGAGACAUAUGGAUCGCCGGCAUCUUACGGCAUUAAGCUGUUGAAGGAUGGAAAUAUUAUGGCAACAUAUCAAGGGCCCAGCCGAGCUUCCGCGAUUACAGCUUGGGCCGCGAGAGUCCUGCGACCAUCAGUAUCUGACGUACAGCUCAGUUCAAUGGAAUUGUUCCGGUCCAUAGACGAAGUAGUCAUAGUGGCAAAUAUCCGUCCCGAUGAUGAAGUAUCUCGACCUAUAUUGGAGGCAGUGGCCUUGAAAUAUAAGAACGAGUUCACUUUCGGCAUCCAUAUUGUAAAAUACGAAAGCAAGGAGGAGUUGAAUAAUCCGACAGUUGACUGCUUCAGGGUCAUAGAUGGAGACCGCAAGGUGCUCAAUGACCCGUUCGAUCAAGUGUCUCUUGAAUCUUUUGUGAUAGAAGCUUCGCGUCCAAUAAUUGGUGAACUCUUACCUUACAACCAUCAGCGUUUUAUUGAACGCGAGUGGCCAAUGGUGUACGUCUUUGCUGCUACGGAAGCCGAACGGGCCAACUUACGUGAGAGUCUGAAGAAGUUGGCCCGUAGCCACUAUGAAUCACUUACCAUGGUUACCGUUGACCCUUUGGAAUUCCCGGACCUGCCAGCAAAGCUGGGUCUCGAGCCCGAGAUUUUCCCAGCUGGUGCUGUGCACCAGCUCUCAACAAACAGGAUCUUUCCCUAUCCCAAAGGGACGCCAAUAACGCCUUCGUCAAUGCAGAAAUGGGGAUUGGAUGUUUGGCAAGGACGAAUAAAGCCUUGGAGUCCGCCUGGAACGACCACUGCACUCGUAUCAGAAGCUCCGGGUCAGAUCAAAGCCUCGCGAAAAGUCUCAAUUCGAAGUUAUCCGGGUAUAAAGAUCAAUAUCGGCCGUGAUGAGCUCUAG